AUGAGAGGAUUGAGUAGUAAAUCUCUUUUCAGUGUAGGUCGAGUUACAGUAACAUCAUCAGGUACUACCAGAGCAUUAUCGAUAUCAGCUCCAUUGAUGUUUCAAAAUACAAGAUGCAUGUUUCAGAAACAACAACCACUGAAGGAUAACAAGAACGAACCAGAAACAAAAGACAAGAAACCUAAAAAAGAUGCAGACAAGGAAGCGGAGGAGUUUGAAAGAGAAAUGAGGAAGGAACUUGAAAAGAGGAUAAAGAAGCAAAAUCCUAAUAUUGAUGAGAAGAACAUUAAGAUUUAUCAAAUCAAUCGAGAACAAAUGAUUCGUGGUGCUGCUAUGUUUGCCAUGUUCACAUUUCUUAUGACAUUACUUUUAUUAAGUGAUGUUUCUUCUGCUGAAAAUGAGUUGACAUUCCAAGAUUUCAAAAUUAACUAUUUGGAACGUGGUCUUGUUACUAAAAUGACAGUUAUCAAUAAAUAUAUUGUUGAAGCUGAAUUAAUCCCAGGUGCUAUCUCAACUCAAACUCACACUGGACCUCAUGGGGUACCAAUUGUAAUGUUCACUAUUGGUUCAGUAGAAUUCUUUGAAGAUGAAAUGAAUAAAAUUCAAGAUAAGUUGGGUAUUCCACUUGAUGAAAGGUUACCUAUUCAUUACACUGAAAGAGGUCUGUGGAUGAAUUGGAUAUUACCCAUUCUUCCAACAGUUUUAUUGAUUGGUGGAUUAUGGUAUAUCACUAUUAAAAGAGCCCAAGCUCCCGGUGGUGGAGCUGGUGGGUUAUUUAAGAUUGGGAAAUCGAAAGCCAAACUUUUCAAUCAAGAAACAGAUGUUAAAAUAAAAUUUAAGGAUGUAGCUGGUUGUGAAGAAGCAAAGGAAGAAAUCACCGAAUUUGUCAAGUUUUUACAAGAUCCAGCAAAAUAUGAAAAAUUAGGUGCUAAGAUUCCAAGAGGUGCUAUUUUAUCUGGUCCGCCAGGUACUGGUAAAACCUUAUUGGCAAAAGCUACUGCUGGUGAAGCCGGUGUUCCCUUUUUAUCAGUUUCUGGUUCUGAAUUUGUGGAAAUGUUUGUUGGAGUUGGUGCCUCGAGAGUUCGUGAUUUGUUUAAAACUGCCAGAGAAAUGGCUCCUUCUAUUAUAUUUGUUGAUGAAAUAGAUGCCAUUGGUAAAGAAAGAGGUAACGGAAGAAUGGGUGGUAAUGAUGAAAAGGAAAAUACAUUGAAUCAAUUACUUGUAGAAAUGGAUGGAUUUGAAUCUGGUGAUCAUGUUGUUGUUUUAGCUGGUACCAAUCGUCCUGAUAUUUUGGACAAAGCCUUAUUGAGACCUGGGAGAUUUGAUAGACAUGUGAAUAUUGAUCUUCCUGAUGUUGAAGGUCGUAAGGAUAUCUUCAAGGUUCAUUUAUCCAAAAUUUCUCUUAAAUCCGAUGAAGAUAUUAAAGUCUUACAUAAAGAUCUUGAUUUUAAUAAAUUUCAAGAGUUGAAAAAGGAAGCUGUUGACAAUUUAGCCGGAAGAUUAGCAGCAUUAACUCCUGGUUUUGCUGGUGCAGAUAUUGCCAACUGUUGCAAUGAAGGAGCCUUAAUUGCUGCUAGAGAAAAUGCUACAUCUGUUGAUAUUCAUCAUUUUGAACAAGCCAUUGAAAGAGUUAUUGCUGGAUUAGAGAAGAAAUCCAAAGUGUUAACACUUGAUGAAAAGAAAACUGUUGCAUAUCAUGAAGCUGGACAUGCUAUAUGUGGAUGGUUUUUAGAAUAUGCUGAUCCACUUGUUAAAGUAUCAAUUAUCCCUAGAGGACAAGGUGCUUUAGGAUAUGCACAAUAUUUACCUAAGGAUCAAUAUUUGAUCUCUGAAGAACAAUUUAAACAUCGUAUGACAAUGGCAUUAGGAGGUAGAGUUAGUGAAGAGUUACAUUUUGAAAGUGUUACAAGUGGAGCCUCUGAUGAUUUUAAAAAGGUAACUCAAAUGGCUCAACAAAUGAUAUUGAAACUUGGAAUGUCCCCCAAAUUAGGUAAUAUCACAUAUGAUAAUGGUGAUAAUGGAGGACUUAGAGUUCACAAUAUGUAUUCUGAAUCAACAGCCAGAACUAUUGAUACUGAAGUUAAAAGAUUAAUUGAUGAUGCAUAUGUUGCAUGCCAUAAGAUUUUAACUGAGAAACUUGAUUUGGUUGAUAAGGUUGCCGAAGAAUUGUUUAAGAAGGAAGUGUUAACCAGAGAAGACAUGAUAGCUAUCUGUGGACCCAGACCAUUCCCUGAAAGAAAUGAUGCUUUUGACAAAUAUAUUACCGGACAAGAUGCAUUCAAGAGACCUGAAAAGAAGAAUAGAGAAGAUGACAAUAAUAAUUAG